CAAAUUUAUAGCGGGAAGAGCAGAAACGGUGCGUUUUGCGCGUAAAUUAGCCUCUCUCCUUGCCCAGUGGUCGAAUUCAGUUUCUCUUAAUUUCUUCAAAAACCCCUCCAAAACCCUAACACAAGCUUCUCAAAAUCAGUAACCGGCACUCUAACCCUUCCCCUUGCAAUGCCCCGCGUCGCGUCCGGCUCUGGCGGAGGUGGCGCGUCAGAUUCAAUCACCGGUGCGUUGGUCCCCUUUUUGCCGGACUCUCAGGAUGCUGUAGUGUACCCGCUUCGUCACGGCCUAAAGCCCCCAAUUUCCCGUGUAUCUAUCUCUUGGGCUCGAGGUAACACCUUACGAGUCUCAGUUUUUCGGUCAUCGCCCGCAGAAUCCGACUCCGAUGAAGAUGUUGGGGGAAAAGUGAUGGAGGUGAGGCCAGGCGGCAACGUAGAUGGACAGCUCAGUGACGCGCAAUGGCGGAGGAUCGCUUACGGUUCCGUCUCUCCUUUCGCGCUUCUGCAGAGUCGCAGGAACUCGGCUUUGAGCGUGUCCAAAAUGGGAUUAAGUCCAUCCCCAUAUCAUCUUGAGUGGUGGGAGUACGUAAGUGAGUACAGCAAGGACGUAAGUUCGCUUCUUGGUAAUCCAAAGUCUUCUGCCGGUCCAGUGAUUGAAGAUCCAAAGGAAGUUUUAAAGAAAGUUGAGGAACCAACUUGUUUAAAGGCUGCAUGGGAUCUGAUGGAGAUGUUUUAUGCAGACAAGCUGUCCCAAGCAUGGCUGCCUGAGCGUCUCGUCGAUUGGUUGGCUGAUUAUGAUAGCCUCCUAUCAGAUACACAGGCAACUGUCUAUUUGAAACUCAUGGAGUUUCAAGGACGACUGGUCACAUUACUGGUCAUUGAGGAUGAUUCUAGAUACUGGGAGGUGAUAUCUUCAGCCUUAGCAGUUGCUUGGCUAGAGAUUGCUGUGAAAAUGUUGCGAUUGCAUGGAUCUUAUCAAUUGGAUCAGCUUGGCAGUAGAGAGACAGAGAAUGGCCUUGUAGAGGCUGUUGCAGUUCUUAUUUCAAAGAUGCCACGCUUGCGUCCAGAAUUAGGAGCUGGAAAAUUGGGUGAAUGCUUCAAAACCAAGCCCGAUUUUAUGAAGGCAUGGGAGAGAUGGCGAGCACAAGUAACUAAGUUGGAGUCCAGUGCAUUCUGGCUUCAGUGUGAUCACCUUCAGACUCGAGAGGGCUUGAAAAAUAUGCUACAGAUCAUGUUGGGAAAUGCUAGCAUUCUCUCAACUGCAACCUGUAAUUGGAUGGAGCUGUAUAUAUCUCACAUUCUAUACAUAAGGCCAUUCACUGUUGGUUUAGAAAGCAUGUACAGCCUAGCUCAGAAAUGCAUUCAGUUGAAACCAAUGACCAUUCCACAUAAGUUGAUGCGGCUUAUUGUAGGAAUUCUUGGGGAAAAUACAGAGGUUAUAUUAGCAGAAUGCUCAAGAGAUUUUGGCACUUGGAUGGCAGCUCAUGCCAUAGAGUUUUUGACUGCUGGGAGUGAUCAAGCGGAAGUUCUUUUACAUGAGGAGCGUGAUAACUUGGGGGGAAUCAACAUAGAGGAACUCCAUCGACUUAUUUAUGCUCAAGUUCUAUCUUCUCAUAUCUUGACUUGGCAAAUUGCUCCAAUUUAUUUGAUAUCUUGUAUGAAGCAGGGAAUGGGAUUAUUGGAGAUUUUAUUGUACAGGCAGCCUGUUCAACAUAAUCAAUUACUGGUUAAGAAUUUGGAGAUUUGCCGUCUUUAUGAACUUGACAGUGUCAGCUCAAACAUUAUGAAGAUUGCUGGAGUAUACCAUUGGAAACAUGGUAGGAAAGGUUAUGGCGUUUUUUGGCUUCAACAAGCUCGGGAUGAAGUUUGUCUUAACAGAAUUGCUCAGCAGCUGUUUAAUUCUGUUGGAAAGUCAAUCUCCGAUGAAAGUUUCAAGCAAUGGGAAGGUUUAAUUGAAUUGCUGGGUUCAGAAUCCAAGCCUGCUGGGGGUCUUGAGUUCCUGCACAAGUAUAGGGAUUUUAAGAGGUCUCUUAAGCAGGUUAAUGAUGGAAAAAUUACAGAUGCUACUCAGCAAGCUGUGGAAUCACUAAUGUCGCUUAUGAAAAACACUUCUACACCUCAACGUUUCUGGCUGCCAAUUCUUUAUGAUUCGUUGAAACUGCUUUACUGGCAGGAGCGACCUUUAUUGAAUGUGUCUCAAACAAACCUCUUGUUGAAUAAACUGCAAGAGUUGUCGAUGGCAAGGCUGCACCCAGACUUCAUUGAAGCUGACUUGCCACCCCAGGCCUUGAGCUCUGUUAGACUAGCUCUUGCCACAAAUCUUGGACGUGCCAUCCUAGAAGAAUCAUGAUCCUCUGCUUGACAUUGUUUGAGGCCAUUAUUGUUCAGUACCAUGCCUGAGUUUCCCUUUUAUCCCUGUUCAGAGCAUUGGCAGCCACAAUCAUCCUGGUAAAACUAGUAUUUCGCAAAUUCUGGGACUCGGGCAACAUCUUUAUGUUGUAUAUUCACACAGUUGAUUGUUCCAUGACAAACCGUUGAUUAUGUUAUUAUAGAACAGCAACAACUUGUAGAAGUUGCUAAGGUUUAGCUUGAGAUGUUAUUAUACCUGUGUUUGACAUUGCUUUAAAAUUACAGUAAUUAUUCGUUUGGCUGAGGCUUCUUGUUGGCAGAAACAUAGAGAUGCCUGUUAGAGGAUUUAGAGAAUGUGAUCAGCUAGGGUUGAUAUA